CUUCGCCGCCAAGAUGCCCCGGUGUCGCGGGGCGGCGCUGGCGCGGGAGGAGGUGCCAAAGGAGCAUCGUUUCACUCCAGCAGCCAUGGGGAGCAAGGGUGCUUCUCCCCUGCUCCCAGGUUGGCCACAGCUUCUUUGGCCCUCAGCAAGCACCUCAUCUGUGUCACAUCUACCCCACUGGGCUGUGAGCACCUGAGGCAAAGACCAAGCCUGACAUCCGAUGUCCCCAGCACCUGCUCAGGCCUGGAGGACAACCAGGCGCUCAGCUGGAACUAUGAAGGACUUUACCCCAGUGCCUUCCUCUGCCCCACCAGGAUGAAGAGGGGCAGGUCCUGGAAGGAGACCAGGCUAUCCUGCAGAGAAUCAAGAAGGCAGUGCGGGCGAUCCACAGCUCUGGCCUUGGCCAUGUGGACAAUGAGGAGCAGUACCGAGAGGCUGUGGAGUCCUUGGGCAACAGUCACCUGUCCCAGAACAGCCACGAGCUGUCCACGGGCUUCCUGAACUUGGCUGUGUUCACCCGAGAGGUGGCCGCGCUCUUCAAGAACCUGGUUCAGAACCUGAACAACAUUGUCUCUUUCCCACUGGACAGUCUGAUGAAGGGCCAGCUAAGGGACGGGCGGCAGGACUCCAAAAAGCAGCUGGAGAAAGCGUGGAAGGACUACGAAGCCAGAGUGGCCAGGCUGGAGAAGGAGCGGGAACGGGCCAGGGUGACAGGAGGACUUCCUGGGGAGGUGGCCCAGGACACACAGCGGGAGCGACGUAUCUUCCAGCUGCACAUGUGUGAGUACCUGCUCAAAGCUGGGGAGAGUCAGAUGAAGCAAGGUCCCGACUUCCUCCAGAGCCUCAUCAAGUUCUUCCAUGCACAGCACAACUUUUUCCAAGAUGGCUGGAAGGCAGCUCAGAGCCUGUCUCCCUUCAUCGAGAAGCUGGCAGCCUCAGUCCAUGCACUGCAUCAAGCCCAGGAGGAGGAGCUACAGAAGCUGACCCAGCUCCGGGACUCCCUGCGAGGGUCGCUGCAGCUUGAAAGCAGAGAGGAACACCUGAGGCGGAAGAACUCUGGGGCCGGCUACAGCAUCCACCAGCACCAAGGCAACAAGCAGUUUGGGACAGAGAAAGUGGGCUUUCUGUACAAGAAAAGUGAUGGGAUUCGAAGAGUCUGGCAGAAAAGGAAGUGUGGGGUCAAGUAUGGCUGCCUGACCAUCUCACACAGCAUGAUAAACCGGCCCCCAGUGAAGCUGACUCUGUUCACAUGCCAAGUGAGGCCAAACUCGGAGGAGAAGAAAUGCUUCGACCUAGUGACCCACAACAGGACGUACCACUUCCAGGCGGAGGACGAGCACGAGUGUGAGGCGUGGGUGUCCGUGCUGCAGAACAGCAAGGAUGAAGCCUUGAGCAGCGCUUUCCUCGGUGAGCCUGGUGGCGGCCCCGGAUCCGGGACAGGCCCUGGACUGGACGGGGAGCCCCAGGACCUCACGAAACUGCUCAUCGCAGAGGUGAAGAGCAGGCCAGGCAACCGCCAGUGCUGCGACUGCGGGGCUACAGACCCAACGUGGCUCAGCACCAACCUGGGCGUGCUCACCUGCAUCCAGUGUUCCGGCGUCCACCGGGAGCUGGGCGUACGCUUCUCACGCAUGCAGUCCCUCACCUUGGACCUGCUGGGCCCCUCCGAGUUGUUGCUGGCCUUGAACAUCGGAAACACGCGCUUCAAUGAGAUCAUGGAGGCCCAGCUGCCCUCUCACGGUGGCAGUAAGCCCUCUGCCGAGAGUGACAUGAGCACCCGAAGGGACUACAUCGUGGCCAAGUACGUAGAACACAAGUUUGCCCGCCGAUCUGCAUGUGAGCCCCAGAAACUCCAGGCAGCCAUUUACAACAGGGACCUCCUGUCGGUACUGGAGGCCUUUGCCAGUGGGCAGGACUUUGGACAGCCACUGCCAGGGCCGGAUGGGCAGGCACCUGGAGAGCUGGCCCUGCACUUGGCCAUCAGAGUUGCCAACCAGGCGUCCCUGCCCCUGGUAGACUUCAUCAUCCAGAACGGUGGCCACCUGGACGCCAAGGCUGCAGAUGGGAACACUGCCCUGCACUACGCCGCACUCCAUGGCCAGUCCGACUGCCUCAAGCUGCUGCUGAAAGGGAGAGCCUCAGUGGGCACAGUGAAUGAGGCAGGAGAGACAGCUCUGGACAUAGUCAGGAAGAAGCAGCACAAGGAGUGUGAGGAGCUGCUGGAGCAGGCGCAGGUGGGGACCCUCACCUUCCCACUGCACUUGGACCACUCCUGGGGAAUCUCUGUGGAGCCUGGCUCUGACAGUGAGGAUGACGAGGAAGAGAAGACUGUCCUUGCCCCACAGCACUGCCCUCUGAAGCCCCCGGCCCAAGCCCGCUGGGCCAGCGGGAGGCUGGACAUCAGCAACAAGAUCUAUGAGACCAUCGGCAGCCUGGGAUCAGCCAGCCCACAGAGCCAGAGUGAGGACUGCCCCCCACCCUUGCCAGUCAAAGCCUCUUCUCGGACCAUGGUCCAAGGGCGUACGGGCCAUGCCAGUGGAGAUCGUUCUGAAGUCUCCAGCCUGAGGUCCGAGCCCCCUGAGGCCCCUGAGGGCCUGGGCAGCCCAGCUUCCUCCUCCUCCAGUCUCACAAGCCCUGUGGAAUCUGGGGUGGCCAGCCAAGCCCUUCCCAGCUCUGAGGAAGGCCUCCAGGAGCCCCCAGGCACCUCCCGAGCUGGCCUGACAUCUGGGAUCACCCCCUCAGAAGUGUACCUCCCCGUCAGGUUCAGCUCGGAGAGCACUCGCUCCUAUCGGCGAGGGGCUCGUAGCCUGGAAGAUGGUCCCUCAGCACGACAGCCGCUGCCGAGAAGGAACAUGCUGGUUGGCUUCACUGAAGGAGACAGGUCAAAAACUGGUGUUCUUCCAGCAAAUUCUUUGUAACUUUUCUGUAUCUCUUUGCUGACCCCUGCAUGGCCCAUGCUGGACCCCAACAUGCAGAGCUGGGACCUGAGCCCACAGAAGUGGGAGCUGAGGCAUCCACGCCCUUGGGUCUUGCUCUCUCUGUUCCUCAUGGUCUUAUUCCUGCUGUGGACCGUGCCACUCCAAGGACACUGGGCCUCCACACUGGGGUGGAUGGUGGUUCUUCGCUAUCUUAUCCCCCCCAAACCUCCCAGGCCAGGCAGCCUUGUUCCUGGAUCUAGAACCCUCAGUCUCUCAUCAGACCAGAACUGUUUCUCCCUUCAGUCUGGGGCUCCACUAGGACACGCACUCCCGCAUCAUUCUCUUCCAGACCUCAAACUAUCUUCUCAGCCUCUUCUUAGCCUAGUAGUCCUUUACGGAAUUCUAGCUCUCUGUCCAGGCCUGCAUAGGCACUGUGGAUGCCAUGUACAUAAGGCAAGGGUCCUGCAGAUGUGGUCCCUGGCUGGGAAGCUGGUUUCAAGGCCUGGCAUAAGAACAUGCAGGAUUAUAUUCCGGAGAAUGGUUCUGGGCUCCGGAGAAUGGUUCUGGGCUCAGGGCCAGGACCCGUAAUCAGCUGGUUCCUGUCUGACCAUUAAUUGUCUGCAGCCUACUUUUGUUCCAGUUGGCCAAUGCCUAUGCUGUACUGGAUAUUAAAGAAACGUUCGGAAUCCCUGUCAUCUGCAGGGUAGCACAGCCCUCACUGGGAUCUGGACUAUUUUCCCCAGCCAAGAAGUACAGUAUGACUCACCCCGUUUCCCUAUCUCCUUGAUGUAGCAGGAACAAUAGGAAUGAUCUGGGUCAUAGAUCCCCACUUCUGUUCUCUUUCUCUUGGUCAAUUCAGGGGCCUACCAGUCUGGGGGAGUGAGGGGCUGAGAAAGGAGAGUGACAGAGCAAAGACUUCAAGGUUCUGCUUCCCCGGGCCAAGGAAUUCCCCCAGAGCUCAGCCUCAGUUAAGAAGCAGGCACUCCGUACCCAUCACCAACCACUAACCUCCCUACUCUGCAGCUGCUGGGUGCUGGGCUAGGCCAGUGCAGCAGUAUGGCCAGGAGGCGGGGGACUGCUCACCCUGGAGCCUCACUGGUCUGUGGUCACUCAGAAACAGGAUUGCCUUCUGAGCCUCCAGCAUCUGGUUUUGUUCAUCUCAAGUUUGUUAUUUCACUCAUCUGUAAUAAAGGAUUUCUGGAAGUAAA